CUCGGCCGGGGAGUGGCCGCUCUGGGCAGCGGGGAGGUCGCGGGGUUGAGAGGAUUGGGAGAAGAGUGAGGUUUCUCCUCUAUGGUCGCGGGCCCGGGCCUCGCUUCUCCUCAGUCAGUCCUCUGCUAUUUCCGGAAGUGAAGUGGCCGCCUUCUCCUCUGCUUCCGCGGGGGUCCGGGAGGCGGCCGGCGGCCGGCGGCCGGGUGGGCCCGAAGGGAGCCGAAUGAUUUAAUGAUGCUUUGCAACAGUCUCUAAGUCUGAAGCUUUCUGUGCCUGUGCAUCCCAGGAUUUGCUAAGAUAUGGAGGAGCCUCCUCAGAACGAUCUGAACACGAUGACCCACGAGAAGGAUGACCCUCUCCAGAGCACCAGCCCUCAGAUUUCUGUUAGUGAAUUUUCUUGCCACUGCUGUUACGACAUCCUGGUUAACCCCACCACCUUGAACUGUGGGCAUAGCUUCUGCCGGCACUGCCUAGCUUUGUGGUGGGCUUCUUCCAAGAAAACAGAGUGUCCAGAAUGCAGAGAAAAAUGGGAAGGUUUCCCUAAAGUCAAUAUUCUCCUCAGGGAUGCCAUUGAAAAAUUAUUUCCUGAUGCCAGUAGAAUGCGAUUUGAAGACAUUCGGCACAAUAAUGACAUAGUCCAGAGUCUUGCAGCCUUUCAGAAAUACGGGAAUGAUCAGGUUCCUUUAGCUCCAAACACAGGCCGAGUGAAUCCUCAGAGAGGCGGGGGAUUCUUUUCUGGAGUGCUCACCGCUUUAACUGGUGUGGCAGUGGUCCUGCUCGUGUAUCACUGGAGCAGCAGGGAAUCUGAGCACGACCUCCUGGUCCACAAGGCCGUGGCCAAGUGGACAGCGGAAGAAGUCGUCCUCUGGCUGGAACAGCUGGGCCCUUGGGCCUCUCUCUACAGAGACAGGUUUUUAGCGGAAAGAGUAAAUGGAAGGUUGCUUUUAACCCUGACAGAGGAAGAAUUCUCAAGGGUGCCAUAUACCAUAGAAAACAGCAGCCACAGAAGAGCCAUCCUCCUGGAACUGGAGCGUGUCAAAGCCCUAGGUGUGAAGCCACCCCAAAAUCUCUGGGAAUAUAAGGCUGUGAACCCAGGCAGGUCCCUGUUCCUGCUGUAUGCCCUCAAGAGCUCCCCGAGACUUGGUCUGCUAUACCUCUACCUAUUUGACUACACAGACACCUUCCUACCCUUCAUCCACACCAUCUGCCCUCUGCAAGAAGACAGUUCCGGGGAGGACACCAUCACCAGGCUUUUGGAUCUUCGAGAGCCCACAUGGAAACAAUGGAGAGAAUUUCUUCUCAAGUACUCCCUCCUUCCGUACCAGCUGAUUGCUGAAUUUGCUUGGGACUGGCUGGAGGUCCAUUACUGGACAUCACGGUUUCUCAUCGUCAAUGCCAUGUUACUCUCGGUUCUGGAAUUAUUCUCCUUCUGGAGGAUCUGGUCAAGAAGUGAACUGAAGACCGUGCCUCAGAGGAUGUGGAGCCAUUUUUGGAAGUGUAAAGACAGCAGGUGUGAACGUGAGCCGUCGGAAGAUCAGCCCUGCAGAGGUAGGCUUCCAUCCACAGUGUUGUUUUGUGACUCCACGAACCCUUCAUUAAUCCUUUGGACCUCUGAACAUUUCCCUCAAACUUUGCAUCCGAAAGUUUGAAGAUACCACUUGAAAGUAAAAUAAAGAUUUUUAUAUAGAUAAAAGUGCUAUCUAGAGAAAAAGAAUUGCUUAGAAAACGUGAAGAAAAUCUGCACUGCCCCAUACAGCCUGCUAGUCACACGAAGUGCCCCAGCCUGACGCGAGAGCCGCCCUGCGGUGUCUAACGUGAAAAGGAGGGAGAGUGUUUUUCUUCCUCCUGCGCUUGCUCAUUAGGCCCCAGGGCUGCCAGGUCUUCCCCCUGUCACUGACCGCAUAGCAGGUCUGGGGACUCCACACACUAUUUGCACAUCCCUGGCCUGGUGCCUUGCACAGUUACUGUUCUUUCCAGCUGAGCACGGGGAAGGCUGGUUGGCAUCGGUGGGGCUGGGCCCAGGCCAGACUGCCAGUCCAGUGCCCCCACGUGUACCCUGUGGGUUCACAGCAUUCCCCACCUCCUCCCCGCAUCCUGCUUCAAGGAUGAGUGAGUAAUAGCCACAUAUGCGCUGGGAAGGAGGAAGUGCAGACGGGCUGGGCCGGACUCUUGCUUCUUGUUGCCAGAGUGGGGACAGGCACUGGCUGCCUGUCUCAGCCCUCAGACCCUCUCAAUCAUAACGGGCGUGGGUACCCCAGGCGGGGCAUUUAUUGAAAAUAUUCAGGCCCUUUGAUGCAGAAAUUGCACUUCAGUAAGUCUGGUGUAAGAGAGCAAGAAUUCCUGUCCCCAUUCAAGGUCCUUCUAGCUGGACUACGAAUCAAAUUGACAAGAGACAGAUCAACGGAAAAUCAAACUUAACUUUGUACAUACGGGGAAUCCACACAGGCAGGGCAAUUCCAAAGACGGGCAAAACGAGGCCAAAUGUCAUCCUGAACUAAGGUAGGGAUGUGGGCCGUCAGAGGGAAGGAAUGCAGAUGUUGGGUAAUGAGCUGUUUGCCCUGCCACGCAGAUGGGCCACUCAGAUAGAACUGAUCUCUGGUACUAACCCUCAUUCUAGGACAGACCCCCAAUUUAGAUUCUUCUAGGUAGUUAAAAGGAGGGGCAAAAGUUUCUCUUGAGCCCGCAGGGUCUCUGCUGCCUUCAGUUCAAAAUAAUCUCCAUACCCAUCUUGGGGUGGCCUGCCCUCGGCCGUGACACUAGGUUAAGGAACAAUAAAAGGGAGGUGGUGGGGUGUAGCAAAGAUUUAUUCAUUAGCAUCCUCGUCACGUCAAUAAUCGAUAAAAACUGGAAAUAUCAAUACCCAAAAGUGGGCAAUCUAUAAAACAGUAUGUUAUACAGUUACUUAAAUUGAAGUUUCCAAAGGUUGUUUUUUUUUUUUUUUAAAGAUUUUAUUUAUUUAUUUAUUUGACAGACAGAGACACAGCGAGAGAG